AUGAAAACGAAACCAUUCACUAGAAAUAGUGGUAGUGUGGCGUUCAGGUGUUGCAAUAGAAGUUGUAAUGACUUUUCCAAGUAUGUUUCAAUACGCACCAAGUCACUACUAUCAGACUUCACUGUACCUCUUAGAGACUUUUUAUUAGUGGCUUGUAAAUGGUUAAAUAACCAUACUCAUGUACAAAUAGGUACUGAGGUGAAUAUUAAAAAUAAGUCAAUAAUUAAAAUUAUUGAUUUACUUCGUAAUCAAUGUUUUAAAUAUAAGACAAAAAAUCCAAUUCGUCUUGGUGGUGAUGGUAUGAUUGUUCAAAUAGACGAAAGUUUAUUUAGACAUAUACAAAAAUAUCAUCGAGGUAGAUAA